AUGGGCCUCGGGGCGUCUCGACAAGGCCUCCGUGUUCUCAGCACAUUUGCAGCAUGCCUGCUGACGGCUGAAACACUAUCUUUAGGUACAGAUCUCGCAGGGUUGCAGGAUGUGAAGCUAGAUGUGGACCCAGCUACAGGAUCUGCCUCCUACUCCGUGCCCCUGAAGCGAAGGCGGCAGGCCGGCCAGGCCAUCAGCUUCUCGCAGCAGAGAAGCCUUCGCAGCAGCGCGAGGCUGCAGAAGCGAGUGGCCACGGCGAAGAGGGAGGACACUCGUUCCUCCGGUUCCCAAGCCAGCGAGUACUACGGCAUCCUGCGAGUCGGGACGCCACCUCAAGAGUUCGAGGUUGUGUUCGACACAGGCAGCGGCAACUUGAUCAUACCGUCAACUGCCUGCGGCAGUGAUGCAUGCCGGAUGCACCGGCGAUUCAACAGCACCGCAUCGCGCACGGCAGUCGAUGUGGCAUUUGCAGAGAAUCCUGAUGAUCAGGUCAAGCCCAACGGAGACCGCGACGUUGUCACCAUCACUUUCGGAACUGGAGAGAUCAGCGGAAUCUUCAUGAAGGACCACAUUUGCCUCGGCGACAUCUGCACCCACGGCAAUUUCAUCUCGGUCACCGAGGAAACAGAGCAGCCUUUUAGCCUGGUACCCUUCGAUGGCAUCUUCGGGAACAUCAAGAAAACCAAAGAACGAAAGACUGGUCCCGGACUUGGGACCGGGUGGACCCUGAUUGGGGGCUUUGCAUGCCCGAAGAUUGCUCUUAGGGCUUUAGGUAUGCUGCAGGCUUCUUCGGUGAUUUCACGGUGCAAAGGGGCGCAAGGAGCAGGGAUUGAAAAACCCAAGCUCUCAGACUACGUGGCCUUCCGCACUGCCACCUUGGCCGUGGCAGACCAGCAGGGCCAUGGGCUUUCAAGCUGCGGUCGUGACCGCCUGUCCACGCUGCAGGGAGCACUUUCCUCCUGCAGCACGCCCAGAUCACAGGGUCAGUGCCGGAGUUCCGAGCAGGUGCUAGGAGCGUGUCGCGACUCCUAG